GGCACUUCUUGUUGUCGCUACUUUACUCUCCUUUUCUCGGUGGCUUUGUUGAUAAAGCAUGCGUUAGAUGUGGUUUAUGGAGCCAACGAGUAUCCCUUUACGAUUUUCACGGUAUUCGCAUUGAAGGCCAUUGGUAUACUAUUGCCAAUGCUCGUUAUCAUUCGGACUGUCGCAGCUAUUCACAGCAGUCUCCGACACCAAUUUCUCGAAUCUGAAGAAGAUGCGUUGACCUCUGAAGAAGAUGAUUAUGGUUUGGAGGAGGAAGAGCAACAACAACAUUUGGCUUAAUUUUUUUCUCUCUUCAAACCUUGUCAUUUUUUUGGAAACAAUCAUAUUUAAAAAUAGGGAUCUUUGACCACAAGCAAAUGUAAAUUAUGUUAAGAAUCAUAAGAGAGCUUUAAUCAAAGACCCACCAUA